CCCGCAGACUAGAUGAUAAGCUCCUUAUCCUGACGCACAUUAAUUUAUAUAUGUGUGAUGUCGUGUGCAUGAGAGUUCAUAAGUAGAAGAAAUCUGUUCAGGGUCAAACACUUGUUGAGUUCUGUGGUGUGAGCACAUUCUAUCAACUGGUUAGACUGGUUCUGAUUUAAAUUGCAACUAGAAUAUUGUUGUAUAAUAUUUCAUUAGAAACUGUUGAAAAUGUCCGGCGGAAAAAUUGCUUUGUUGAGUGUAUCUGAUAAAACCAAUCUUUUGCCUUUCGGCAAAAGGCUUCAUGAAUUGGGUUUAACAUUGAUUGCUUCUGGUGGUACUGCAAAGUCUUUGAGAGAUGCUGGCCUUCCUGUAAAAGAUGUUUCCGAUAUAACUGGGGCUCCUGAGAUGUUGGGUGGUCGUGUUAAAACUCUUCAUCCAGCUGUUCAUGCUGGUAUUCUAGCCAGACUGACAAAUUCCGAUCAAGCUGAUCUUCAGAAACAAAAUUAUGAUCUAAUUAGCAUUGUAGUCUGCAAUCUCUAUCCAUUUGUUAAUACAGUUUCAAAGCCUGAAGUAACGAUCGCUGAUGCAGUGGAGAACAUUGACAUAGGUGGUGUAACUCUACUAAGGGCAGCUGCUAAGAAUCAUAAUAGAGUCACAGUUAUCUGUGACCCUAAUGAUUAUGAAAAGGUCAUCCAAGAAUUGGAAACUUCUACAAACAAAGAUACAUCUCCCAAUACGAGGCAAGUUUUAGCUCUCAAAGCAUUUACACAUACUGCAGAAUAUGACAAUGCUAUCUCCGAUUACUUCCGUAAGCAAUAUAGUUCAGGAGUCUCUCAGCUGACCUUAAGAUAUGGAAUGAAUCCACAUCAAAAACCUGCACAGAUUUUCACCACAUUAGAAAGGUUGCCAUUAACCGUCGUUAAUGGUUCUCCUGGAUUUAUCAACCUGUGCGAUGCACUCAACGGAUAUCAAUUGGUUAAGGAAUUAAAAACGGCUUUAGGUUUGCCAGCAGCUACUUCCUUCAAACAUGUUAGUCCAGCAGGAGCAGCUGUUGGUGUUCCACUAGAUUCAGAUCAGGCAAAAUUGUGUCAAGUUGAUGAUCUUUUGAAUAUACUGACUCCAUUAGCGAGUGCCUAUGCUCGUGCUAGAGGUGCUGACAGAAUGUCCAGUUUUGGUGAUUUCGUUGCCUUAUCAGACCCUUGUGACGUUGCAACUGCUAGGAUCAUAUCUAGAGAAGUUUCGGACGGUAUUAUUGCCCCCGGAUACUCUGAGGAAGCUCUACAAUUAUUAAAGAAGAAAAAGAAUGGAGGGUAUUGUGUUCUUCAAAUUGAUCCCAACUAUGAACCUUCUUCAUUGGAACGUAAAACAUUGUACGGUCUCACCCUGGAACAGAAACGCAAUGAUGCUUCCAUUGAUAAGAAUACUUUUGGAAAUGUUGUGACAAAAUCAAAUAAAUUGCCAGAAAGUGCGAUUAGGGAUUUGAUCGUAGCUACGAUCGCAUUGAAAUAUACACAAAGUAAUUCUGUCUGCUAUGCCAAAGAUGGCCAAGUAAUUGGAAUCGGAGCUGGUCAACAAUCGAGAAUUCAUUGUACGAGGCUUGCUGGCGACAAAGCCGACAAUUGGUGGCUUCGCCAGCAUCCUAAAGUUACAGGAAUGAAGUUCAAAAAAGGUGUGAAACGGGCUGAAAUUUCCAAUGCCAUUGACAAUUAUGUUAAUGGUUCCAUAGGAAAGGAUAUGGAUGAAGCCACUUGGGCAUCUUCGUACGACGUGGUUCCUGAAAAACUUACAGAAAAUGAGAGACUCGAAUGGAUCAAGAAAUUGGAUGGCGUCGCUCUGAGCAGUGAUGCUUUCUUUCCAUUCAGAGAUAAUGUUGAUAGAGCUCGACUGAGUGGCGUUAGAUACAUCGGAAGUCCGGCUGGUUCCACUAAUGAUGACGUCGUUAUCAAAGCUUGUGAUGAACAUGGCAUUAUUCUGGCUCAUACCAACUUGCGUCUCUUCCAUCAUUGAAUCAUUUUUGGAAUAUAUUAUGUCUCGACGCAUUAGCAAGAUUCUUUAAAGCAUAUUAGUGGAUACUUUAUAUUCGUAAAUGUAUUUUCAUGAAAUGAAAGUCAUGCUCAUUCUCUAUAUUACUACAUAUGUAUGUGUUUAUAGUUUGGUCGAAUCUCGAACACAUAGUGUUAACCUGAACUAUUCCGAUAUUUUGUAUUUUCUUAAUGAUAUUAUUUGUAUUGUAUUUUCAUACCAUUUGGAAUAUAAGAUCUUGAUUGUUA